AAUGAAUUCUGAAUUUGUUUUAGAAUAAUUAGCCCUUGGAAAACGAAUAGAUGGUCGAGAUCCUUUAUAAUAAAGGAUGAUUUAAUGUCAUUUUGGGCCUUAGAGUACAGGUGCUAUUGAAUUAAGUUUGGGUGAAACAAGAGUAUUAAAAUCAUAAAAUUUAAUUAAGGUAUUUGCAACAACUAGUGCCUCAAUAACAACACCUAAUCCUAUAAGACCUUCAGAAGGAUUCCUUAAAUUUCAUUUGGAUUUAUAAGUGUUAAGAGAUACUGGUUAUAUGCACAAUCCAAUUAAAUUAGGAAUGGAAAUUGAAAAAUACAUUGAAAAAGUAAUAAAAGGAUCAAAGUAUAAAAUUUAUUAAAUAAAGAGCUCUUGAUACUGAGUCUUUAUGUAUUUUAUCUGGCAAAAAUGUUUGGUCUAUAGAUGUAAAUGUAGCCUUAAUUAAUAAUGAUGGGAAUCUCUUAGAUGCCAUGUAUUUAUGUUGUAUUUUCUCUCUACAACAUUUUCGAAGACCUUAAGUAAGUGUCUCCCUUUAAGGAGUAAAACUUGAAAUAGAGAAGCGAUUAGUACCAUUAAGUAUACAUCACAUUCCUUUGAGUCUUACUUAUGCAAUCUUAGAAUUAAAUGAAUAAACUAUUCUCUUAUAAGAUCCAUGUGUAAUAUAUUGUAUUGAUUUUUCUAGUUAGAAGAGGAAGCAGUUCAGAAUGGAAGAAUCACAUACAGUGUCAAUAUAUAUAAUGAUAUAUGUCAUGUCCACAAACCUGGAGGAUCACCAAUAAAUAUUUCAAUAUUAUAAUAAUUGACAACAGUAACUUUGAUGAAAUCAAGACCAUAUACAGAAGAAAUAAGAAAUCUCUUAAUCAACAAUAAGGGUUUUCCAAUUGAAAAGACAGUGACAUUAUUCAAAUUUGAAUUACCUAAAUAGGCUAAUGAUGCCAUAUAAGUUGAGUAAUUAGAGUAAUUGUAUAAUUAAUGA